AUGUUUGAAUUUACGCUCUUCGCGACCCUGAUGGUAAGGCACUGUGUUGAAAGAAUGCUUUUUGUGAUUUAAUGUUGCCUCUUUUUUUACUUUGUUAAAACGUCGAAUUGGUAGACUGAUCAGUUAAAAGGCUAAGUCACAACAUGUACGUUUCUAUCAAAAAGUUACCGUUUUUCUUGGGAUUUUAAGUUAGAUAUCUGCCUAUGGUUGUCAAUUUUUAUAACUCUUGAGCUAGUUUAUAUAACCGUCGUUUCCAAAUGUAAACGAUAUUUGAUCUUAAUGACUGUGAAUCUUAGUGAAAAUUUGUUGAAACAAAGGCGGUUGCAAUUCCAUUCGACUAGCAAGUAACUCCACCCUGCGUAGUCAGGAUCAAAUUUUCCUACAUCAAGACAGAAAAAGCUGCUCGUGCUUUCGUCUCCACUUAAAGCACCAAAUCAGACAUAUACAGUCGCCUGAAACAGAGCACCCUGUGUUGGUGUUCAUCGACUGGUUCUGACGCAGUGGUCAAAACACAGAAAAUUCCGUUUGGACUCUGGCCUAGGAACCCCACAGGUGGUUGCACAGCGACCAGGAAUCGAUACUGGAGGGGGGUCGUUAUCAGCAGAAGAAGGGAGGCUAGAAUGCCCUUUAUCGUCUUCCAAUGGCCUGUGGCUUGGAAUAUUUUGACUCCAACUGACAGUAAAUGAUUGUAAAUAGUAGGGUGCUUAAAGGUCAAAGAGUCUCGUGUCAUUACGGCCUGUGGCUGAUGGUGGUAGCCGAGUAAGAAUCGGUUUUUGCAGAAACCGCUAAAUCUUCAGCCAUGUUAUUUAUGAGCUACAAGUCAGCGAGGAUUAUUUAGGUUUUCGUUUUAUUGGGCACUUUAGGGUUGGGCUAUGAAAUGGACAGCGGAGACCGCUAGUUCAGAUUUAUUACGGCAAUACGUAAAGCCUAGAUUUCAUGGAAAGCCUAAUAUACUUCAUAAACCCUUUCCGCAACAUUGUCGCAGACUUAUAUCUAGCUAGUCACGAAAUCUUUUGUCCUUGUAAAGAUGAGAAUAAAGUAGAUACAACGAGAACCAAGUAAACUUCAUGUAUCCAACAGUAAUUAUCGCGAAGCGGUGCCUGUGAAAAAUUAUGUUUAUUACUAUUAUUAGGGAACAAUAGCAACUUAAUGCUAAUAAACACUUUGGUGGGUAUCGGGAGGUAUUGAUUCUUUCGGACGGCCGAAUCCUAAGGAAUUUGGAGAAACUUUUAAGAUCAAAUUGUGUCAUUUCUUCAAGCACAGCAUUCGAAGCGAACGUAAUCUUCUUCCAAUUGAUUAAAGAAAUUAAUAUUUCACGCAUUUUUCCCACGAGAUAUAUUUAAAUUUAUAAGAGCAACUAAAAUCAAUGUGAAAAAUUCAUGUUACUUAAGUAGUCAUUUCUGCAGAGUGUGGCCUUCAUGGACGGCGGGAAAGGAGUUCGUUCAAAAGCCCGCAUCCUGAAGUAACUGAAUUAUUGUGGGAUAAUGCUGCACGAGGAUUAAUGUUAUAACCCUACUUGAGUCGAAAACGCAUUUCAGAAUUUCAGCCAACACUUCCUGAGUUAGCACACCUACUAUAUACAACGUGGUUAUUUUUCCUCCAAAGUGCUUAUUUCAUUCGGCCGUUACCGAUAAAGAGAACAAAAGUUUGAUUGGUCGAAAUGACGACAAGGAAACUCGCAUAAAUGACAAAUAUCGUAAAUGCACCAAAAUUAGAAUUGAAUAUAAGAUGCAUUUAAGAGCAAGAGAGGUCACUGAAUCUGACACUGCACUUCCGGUAUUGACUAACCAUUAGUCGUACUGAAUAACCGCCGUUAGUAGCCGCUGCUAUUUAUUAGAUAUAUUAUCAUCGUCUCGCUAUUUGGCGGAUAGUGGCUCCUGUAUUGAUUUUACGGCAAUCAUUAGAGAAAUUUGACAAAUAUGCUCCGUGAGUAAACGAAUAAAAUUCGGGGGAACAGCUUAUUGUCAGGUUUGAUUGGCUCACGUCUAUGCGCUAUUUUAUUACUUAGAAUCCAAAAGGUAAUUUGGCGAGCAAACGUCUGCUUUCAAUAACCUAUCUUCGGGUCUGUACAUUUAUAUGGCUAUUGAAGUAAUGAAUUAAAAAAUACGGGCAUGUUCGAUAGAGAAGACAUGAAUCCUCCCAUGACGUAGUAAGGAUCACUCUGUGUUUGUAGUUAAGCAAAGCAUAAUCAAGUUGGCCACGCCAAAAGAAACUAGUAUUCAAUACGGCAUAAUCCAUUUUGUUUUAUCGGCAUAUCCGGUUAUUUUUUUAAAAAAGAUAAGUAGGCUCUUUCUCUCCAUCUGUAGAUGUGUACCUCGAAGCCGGUAGUUGUUUCGGCAGAGAAAAUGCUCAAUUCCAUUGGAACAGUAAUGACAACCAUCACGAUAAUGAUGGCCUUUGCGCCCUGCGUCGUUGUCGCGGGCAUCGUCCUGCUCACAACUGCCGCCGCAAUGGGGACAUCAGCCGAGUAGGUGUUGUUGCGCAACUUUUUUUCAAAAUUUAUUUGUUUCCCCUGACUUCCUCCUUAGCAUCUUCCCUUCUCAUUAUUCCCGAUUUAACCCGCGCCCGCUCAGGUCCUUGUUCCUUCUGUGUUAAAGCUUUAAGGUUAAAAUUGAUUGAUAUUCGUUUUAAACGAUGCUCAUUACAUGGCGACUGCCUUAGACGCAACCAACUUUGUUUAACCGUUCUCGAGAAAGGGAUGCGGCAGCUGCAGGAAUGAAGCGUUGCCGCAGCGAACGCCCUACGAGUUUCGCAGUAUUCAUAUUAUUUGGUUGAAGUGAUAAGGCGCGCGAUUUCUUCGUUGAGCGGCUUUCAGUAGCCAUCUUGAGCAUGCCAUUUUUACCCUCUUCCAACCCAAGUUCCCUUUAUUAUGUCUUGAUAUCAAGCCCAGAUGGGGAGGGGGAGUGUGGUAGAUGCUGUGCAAGUCUGCCGUCUUUCGCACCCAAUUCACGGGGAUGACGAAGGUGCAUGUGUCCCGACGGGCCGAAUUUGGUUUUUCAUUUCAUCAGUCUGCAAUUGACACGAAGGAGAAGGGAGCAGGAUCGUUGCCGAUCCCUGUCUUACGCUGUUUUCACGAAUUACCUGCUGUAGGGGCCUGAGCAAAUUGACACACUAUACUCCGAAUAAUAUGAUCUCAUAAGGCACUGAACCCUGUGUAUAUGAGAAUACCAGUGCCGCAGGCAAAACACGGAUCAAUUUGGUCAGCUUUCAUUCGUUUGGAUAGGUGUUUGGCUACAUGAUCGCAGCUGUGGAGUUAAGAGUGGUGAAAUCUCACUUCUUUACACUGGUCCUCGUGCGUGUCAAUUCCGAUCAGAUUCAUCCUAGAUUGUUGGCAGUCUCGAUGCCGGGAGAGCCCUAGGAUGAACUGUGACAAUAAUUGCUCCUGAAACACGCCGAUUAUGCAAACCCAGGAUAGUGGGAGUGGGGGGGAGGUGGAGUUGGUAACCAUUAUGACGGAAAACUUCACAGGAGCGCUAUGCUCCGAUUUGUUCUUUGCGUCAGAUGUGGUUAUGUAGCCGCACAUGAGGCAAACAAACCCCAACCGCCUGUUAUACGGGAUCGGUGGUGAUAGAUGUUUUUACAGGUGGGGCGGGCGAACGCGAGGUGACGAGGUCAAGAAAGUGUAUGCAAAAGAAUAGUUAUUGGGAAUGCGCGGUUGUACUUUGAGUGGUUGAGGAAUAGUUGUCCAGCCCCCUAACCGUAACCCUUAACAGCAGCCGUGAACCCUAACCCUAAAACGUCCAACGUAAACGAUAGGAGACGACAGGUCGAAAGUCAAGAAGGACCGCCGGCAGUGGGUCGAAGAAGGUAGACACGGCAACAAAGAAACAAGGCCGCCAACAGAACACACACCGCAGCGCACAGUAACACCAUGCCAACGUAAUCACACCCAAUCAAAAUAAUUAAGUAGGUUGACAGCACUGUGUCCAUCAGGUGUGGCUACAUAACCACAUCUUACCGUGUUUAGCCGUGGAUCCUCAAGCUUAUAAAUAUGCUUCGGCACCAUCGAUCGAUGACACAUAUGUUAGCAGUUCACGCUCAGACUCAGAACCUAUUGACUAUUACUCGCAUGUUUUUUGCUCGAUAUUUUUGUAUCAUUCAUCUUUUCUACCAUCCUUUGUAGGAUGUCUUAUGCCGCAGGAUCAACAGCCGUGGUCAGUGGUCUCACAAUAAUGCCCAUUCUCGUCCUCAUGCGGCACAAGGCGAAGCGUGUAAAAGAGCAAACGCUUGCCCUGGAGGGCUGGAUCUACAAGCACAUUAGACACUAAUCUAGCUCUCCGGUGAGUACAUUUCUCCCCCCUCCCCCCAGUGACCCGAAUUCAUUGCAGCAGCAAACCCCGCCUUGCUUCCAAAUUUAGUUUCCUGCAAGUAAUGCUAAAGCGCUUACGUGCAUUACCUACUCCUCCCAUGUCCUUUAGUGACCUGCAUUUUGUUGCAGAAGCAAGAUUGUCUAGCGGUGUGACAAAAGUAGCUUCAAACCUUAGUUUCCUGCAAUUUUUGAGAAAAUAAACCACUGAGCUGAACCCUGUCUACCUGCAUUUUUUAUAGAAUUCAGGAACCGUCACCCAAGGACCAGUGACCACUGGCAUCAAACCACCCGACACUCACCAUUGUACAUAA